AUGCUCGAUUUACCUUCGACCAAACGUCUCAAGAGUUAUUUAAGACACUAUACGUCUGAACCUCAUUUAGCUGGUACGCCCGGUGAUCAACGUAUGGCAGAAUGGACGCGUGAAAAAAUGAAUGAGUUUGGUAUUCCAGAUACAAAGAUCGAGACGUAUUGGCCAUUAUUGAAUUAUCCUAUCUCUCGUCGUCUUGCGCUUGUGUCUGGUCCUGAAGCAUUGCGAUAUGAAGCUAAAUUAAAAGAAGAUGCAGUCCCUGAGGAUGAGUUUACAAAAGAUCCUGAUACUGUGCCUUUGUUCCACGGCUAUUCUAAAAACGGGACAGCUAAAGGCCCUGUUAUCUAUGCCAAUUAUGGUCGCUUAGAAGACUUUCAAUUCUUAGUGGACCAAGGUGUUCAAGUCAAUGGUACAAUUGCGCUUGUGAGAUACGGUGAUACCAUGCGCGGUCUUAAAAUCAGAGCUGCUGAACAGUAUGGAUGUGUGGGUGUCUUGAUCUAUUCUGACCCUAUUUUCGAUGGACCGCUGAACAGAGAAAGCAGUACUCAUCCUCCUAAAUCUUAUCCUCAAGGUCCAUGGCGCUCUCCUAGUUCUGCUGAACGAGGCUCUGUGUCUUAUAUUCCUUUGCUCUCAGGUGAUCCUUUAACACCUGGCAUCCCAGCAACGCAAAAUGCCACUCGCCUCAAGAUGGAAGAAGUCAAUUGUAUCCCAAGCAUCCCUUCCUUACCUUUGUCUUGGGAAGAUGCAUUGCCUUUGUUAAAAGCAACGCAAGGUCAUGGUGUAGUCAAUGAGUUUGAUUGGGCUGGCGGUUUAGAAGAUGUAGAUUAUUACAGUGGGCCUUCAGAAGGAUUGCUUGAAAUGGAAAAUAUUGUUCAAUAUAACAUUACGCCUAUUUGGAAUGUCAUUGGUCGUAUCGAAGGCUCUGUUGAACCUCACCGUGCCAUUAUUCUGGGUAACCAUCGUGAUGCAUGGGUGUAUGGUGCUGUAGAUCCAUCUUCAGGUUCUACUGCCUUGUUGGAAGUGGCUCGUAUCUUGGGCCAAAUGUUGCAAACUGGAUGGAGACCAAGACGCACGAUCAUUCUUGCCUCUUGGGAUGCUGAAGAGUACGCCUUGAUUGGUUCAACAGAAUGGGUAGAAGACAACAAAGACUGGCUUUCCAAAGAAGCUGCUGUCUAUCUCAACUGCGAUAGUGGUGUCUCCGGUCCUUAUUUCUUUCCCUCUGCUACUCCUUCACUGAACCAACUCUUGUAUGAAGUUACCAGCAUGGUCACAGACCCUACUACCGGCAAAUCUGUCUAUGAAGCCUGGGCCAAUAUUCACAACACCACAGGUGUUCCGUCUGCCCAACCUCCUGUAGGCGUCCUAGGGUCUGGUUCUGACUUUACUGCUUUUCUUGAUCACCUUGGUAUUGCUAGUUUGGAUGUUGGUUUUGCGGGUGAUUAUGGCGUGUAUCAUAGUGUGUAUGAUAACUUUAACUUUAUGCAAAAAUUCGGUGAUCCUACGUUUGAAUACCACCAGACCUUGACAAAACUACUGGGUUUAUUGACCCUUCGUUUAGCAGAUGAUUUGAUCUUGCCCAUGCACCCUGUAGAUUAUGCGCAUACGCUUCAGAAACACGUUCAUCAGCUCUACACUUACACUGCUCCUCAUACGUUUCCCUCGCUCAAAAAAGCUGUCAAUUCACUUGUCAAAGAAGCCGUCAAUUUUGAAGAAAGUCUAAAGCAAAUUCAAAACAAAUUGAGACGUUUUGUGGAUGGAGAGAAUGGCGAUCAAAAGCUUUCUGCCAAAUGGAGCAAACGCGUUGAGAAAAUGAAUGAACGACUCACUACGUUUGAACGUGGCCUGAUUGAUGGAGAAGGCAUCAAGGGCCGUGAAUGGUACAAACAUGUUGUUUAUGCUCCUGGCCUCUGGACGGGUUAUACUAGCCAAGUUUUCCCUGCCAUUGCAGAAGCUUAUGAUGCUAAAGACUUGCAUCAAGCACGUCAUGCAGAAAACAGAGCAGCCAAGUCUGUUCAAAAGGCACAGGCUGCCCUUCUUCAAUAA